GAUCAAAAAUGAUGAAUGGGAUUGUGACACUCCACUCGCUGCCAAUGCGGAAGGAUGCCGCCGAAAAGAAUGGAACACUGUUUCGCUCUGUUGGAUGCGUCGGAUCCCGUAUAACAAGCGAGCUCUUUACCCUCAAAUUCAAACAUGUGGGCGCAAAAUGCUAUCCUGCUUUAUUGUUACGUAGCAAUAGAAGCCUGCUUAUGCUGCUUCGGCGGCGCUUUUUCGCCCUCUCUUCGCUCUGGACAGGAGCGCUAGUGGACACGGGGAGAGAGUAGGCGAAGCGUUCCGUUCGUAAUGGAAAGAAAGAUAGCACUACUUCGCCUCUUUGUUCGACCGCCGGCGCGAACACAGUGGUCGGGGUGGCUGGUGGUUUCGGGAUCCCGUAGAAAUGCUUCUUUUAUGCCUCGGGUAUUAGCCACAGCUCGUAUUCAUUCAGUAAUUCUACCCCUUCUUCAUUCUUGGACCUCGUUUCUUAAUAUUGUUACUUUUCCAUGCUGUGUCUCAGGAACCUUUUCAAUACGGUCCGGAUUGCUAGCUCCCGUUCAUAGAUUUGCUACAGAUGAUACACGAGGAAUCUUUUUAUGGCGGUUCUUCCUUCUAAUGACCGGCAUAUCUAUGAUUCUUUUCUCCCAGAUGAAGCAGCAGGCAUCGGUCCGUAGAACCUAUAAAAAGGAGAUGGUUGUGGCGCGAAGUACUCUUGUGCAACUACGUCAUUCAGCUAACGCGCAGAAGGUGGGGCUCAUAGUCUUCCAGGCCUGCUCUGGGGGCUUCUAGUACCGAUAUGAGUAGUGCGCGUGUCCGAAUAUGUUCUCGCAGGGCCGGAAGGAGCGCACGCCGAGUUAGAUAGAGCAAAGGAGGGUCCUGUCAAGUCGGUCCGCUAACGCCUUAUCUUCCUAUUUAUAAGCCACAGCCUACUUCGACGUUUCCAAUUUCCCAUAGAGGAACUGCUUCCUGCGUCUGCGGC